GCUAGAGCAUCCCUCAUGCAGACAUCCGGCUGGACAUAUCACCCUAUUAACUCCAGGAAUUGAUGACAUACAUGGUGUGCAUUGGAUGAGAUCCACACCCUUCCAUCUUUUAUCCGUCAUUUGAUUACAGUUGUCAAUUGUGGCAAUCUAAAUCACAUUUGUUAAUUUGCAACCAAGACGCUAAUUUCAUCCUUGGUGGUUUCUAAAACAUUAAGAUUUGCAGCCUCAUACAGAAAUUUUAAGCCAUUAAUGAUUACAGUAAUGACAAAUAUCAUUUGACAAAAAAAAAAAAAAAAAAUCAAGGAAAACAUAGAAUCUGUACCCUGGCUGGGCCAGCGACAUCCGGAGAUCAUCUCUCAUAUUACCUCAUGGACGAAAAAGCCCCUGUUCGUGUUUUCGGACCUUCUAAAGCCGAAGGGCGUUUCCGUCAUUUUGUACAUCCGUUUCAAUUGGAGAGAGAAAUCGACCGUUGAUACCCUAACGUUCCAAUUUUCGCAAACCUUAAACGCUUUCCUUCUUGCUCUCCUUCCAUGCCGUUAGAGUGGAUCAACUCUCUCUCUCUCUCUCUCGUCGCCUCGCGCAUCCAGUCCUUUCUCCUCUCUUCCUGCGAUCUUUAUCGAAGCAAGAAAUUCUAAGUCGAAGGCUCCAUGGUUUCCUAUUCGAUCUUCUCCAGUGUUUCUCCCUUCUUUUGAGGAUAAUUUUUUUGCUGUAACUUCUUCUUAAUCAAGGUUUCAUGGCUUUUCUGGUGGGUACUUGAGUUCGGUUUUUGAUCUCUCGAUCAAGAACUCAAGACAUUAGGUAGCUUCAGGUCCGUAAAUCGAGAACAGGGGAAAUCGGCUUGCGUUCAGUGCGCGAUGGCGACGCUGGCACCAGGGAUUCUAUUGAAGCUCCUUGAUGCCAUGAACACCGGAAAUGUCGCCAAACCAACCAGUGAGCAUCGAAAUGCUCUCUUGCAGGUGACCGACAUCGUCCCGGCGGACCUCGAUGAGAAGGAUCUCUGGCCAAGGCACGGAUUCUACAUCAAAGUAUCAGAUUCCUCCCACUCGAUCUAUGUCAGCCUGCCAUUCGAUCAAGAUGACCUUGUGCUCAGCAACAAGCUGCAGCUUGGCCAGUUCAUCUACGCCAUCAGGUUAGAGCCUGGAUCACCAGUUCCAGUCAUCAUGGGGGUGAAGCCACUCCCCGGAAGACACCCUUUGGUGGGCACACCACAACCCAUCAUCCCAUUCAAAGGGAACCACCACCGAAGAGGCUCAUGGGGGCCGGACCAGAACCGGACCGACGGUGUUCCCUCACCGAAGGUCAUCAAGCCGAUCGCACUGGUAUUCGAUGAGAAAACCCCGAUUAAGAAUCGAGCACGAAGUAUUCAAGCUUCGCCGCUGGUUAGUUGGAGAGUGGGGAAGAAAGGAAGCUCAGGGAUGACCCCAAGAUCGUCGGUAAGUGGAGCACUUUUGUCCAAGAUGGCGGACUCAAACGAAACAAACUCAGCUUCACUAAGGAAAAGCUGCGCCAUCUCCAAGUCCUCGAGGAGCACGAAGACCCUGUGCGAGCGCGAUCCUAAAAUCCCAAAGAGUCCCUUCCCCACUGAGAAGAAUGUCACAACUUUCACUACUAGAUUGAGAAGCGCUGCUAGAGCUGAAGAUUUCUCUUCAGCAUCUGAUGAGCAAGAAGAAGACAAUUCAGUGACAUCUAACCAGUUAUACUCCCAUUAUGGAAGUAGUGCCACUUCCAAGCAAAGCUCGGGAAAUCGCAUGUCAUUGCCUGGAAAGCUCAGCAUACUAGGAAAGGAGGCGAUUCAGCAUAAAGAAGCGGCUCAGAAGGUAGCUCUUCAAGCGCUGCGAGAUGCUUCUGCCACAGAAACUAUAGUUCGGAUCAUCAAGAUGUUCUCAGACUUGAGCACUGCUGCGAGACCAGAAGCUCCAGCUGCUUGCUUCGAUCAGUUCCUAAGUUUUCAUCAAGAGUUUGUGCAGGCAAUGAGUGACUUGGAGACAAUUCAAGCAGCUACUUCAAUUAGCGCCACAACUGAGGAGCCGACAGAAGGGAAACCAAGCGAGAAGGAUGAGCAAUCCGUCCUGCAAGAGAGAAUACAUAGUUCGAUCAACAAACAUGGGCAGGCAAAUAUGAAAUCCAAGAGAAGAGCAGCUGUUUCCAGUUCAGUUUCAUUUGGCCCUGAAAAAAGUGAAUUAAAAGCAAGCCUUGGUGAGCAUCGGAGAUCGAGUGCGAACCAAAAGACUUCUUCAGAUAGGAAAGGAGUGGAUGACAUUGAUAAUGAUGAGAACAAAGCACCAUCUUCUAGCUUGGGUAGCUCGAUAAAGUUGGCGAAGAAGAUACGAAAUGAAGCUGCGCUUUGGUUUAUGGAAUUCUUGGAAGCGGCAUUGGAAUCAGGCUUGAAGAAAACAAAAGGUUCUAUGGGUGUUGAUGGACGGAAGUCAGGAUGCUGCCGGCAGUCAUUGAUACUGAGGGUAAUCAACUGGGUAGAGGUGGAGCAGAGUGAUAGCAGCAAGAGACCAGUCCAUCCUAGAGUAGCACAGAUAGCAAGAAAACUAAGGAUAAAAGCAAAGAAUCCCUAA